AUGCUCCGGCUGCUUGGCCUGUGGAGAACCUUCCAGACUGUACUCUUCUACCUGACGCUGGCUGUGGGCAUUGGGGGGCUGCUGGGCCAGGCGCCCGUGCUCUGGAACCUAGGCCUUCGCCUCAGGAAGGGCCCGCUCAACAUGUACCUGCUACACCUGGCGGUUGCCGACACCCUCUUCCUAGCCUGCCAGCUGGGCUUCUCCGUGGCCCAGGCCGUGCUGGGCUCUGCCCGCGACCCACUGCACUUGGUGGUCACCUGCCUGUGGUUCGCAGCCGGGCUCUGGCUGCUGGCGGCCUUCGCGGCAGAGCGCUGCCUCUCGGACAUCGUGCCCGGCUGCUGUACCCGCUGCCGCCCCCGGCACACCUCAGCUGUGCUCUGUGCCUUGGUGUGGGCACUGGCCCCGCUGGCAGUGCUGCUGCCGGCCAACGCCUGCGGACUGCUGGGCCGCCAGGCUCGCCCCCUCGCCUGCCUGCGUCUGCACGCAGCUGGCAUCACCUGGCUGGCUGCUGCAGCCUGUGUGGCCUGUGGGGCCGGCCUGGCCCUGUUCAUCUGGGUGGCCUGCUGCUCUGGGCGCCCCAGGCCCCAGUUCUACGGCAUUGUUCUGGCUUCCACGCUGCUGCUGCUGCCCUGCGGCCUGCCCUACCUGCUGUACUGGAGCCUGCGGCCCGUCCUGGACCUGCUGCUGCCCCCGUUCCGGCCACUGGCCUCGCUCCUGGCCUGUGUCUGCAGCAGCUCCCGGCCGUUGAUGUACUUCGUGGUGGGCCGGCGGCCCGAGCGGGAGCCGCUGGGAGUGGUGUUGCGCAGGGCCCUGGAGGAGGCAGCCCCAGCGCUGGGAGGUGCUGGGGGGCUGGGCCUGCCCCUGGGCCGCAUGUAG